CAGAAAACUCGCGAAGAGUGCCAACAUUAAUCAAGAAGUCAGCGAGAAUAGUUUUCAUCGCUGAAGUUACUUGAAGUUGUGCAAAGUGUCGCCCUAAUAAAGGAUUAAGUGCAGUGUGAUAAAGGAUAUUGUGAAUAUUUAUAUAAAUAUUAGUAUUAAUUAUUAAAAAUGUGGCAUAUGCUAUUGAAAAUUGCGCUGCUGUCGCUGGCGCUGGAGCAGAGCAGUCGCUGUGGAGCCGCCUCCACGUAUAACAAUCCAUCGAGUAAUGCACGUCAUUUUCCCAGUGACUUUAUGUGGGGCGUCGGUUCCUCGUCAUAUCAAAUUGAGGGGGGUUGGAAUGCGGAUGAUAAGGGCGAGUCCAUUUGGGACUAUCUCACACACAAUAAUCGCGAAAAGAUUGUCGAUCAAUCCAAUGGCGAUAUAUCGGCGGAUAGCUAUCAUCAGUGGCGUCGCGAUGUCCAAAUGGUUAGGGAACUGCAUGUGACCUCGUAUCGUUUCUCGUUAUCCUGGCCGAGGAUCAUGCCCGGUGGCUAUAUGAAUCAUGUGAGCACCGCUGGCAUCAAGUACUACAGCAAUCUGAUCGAUGAGCUGCUAAAGUAUAAUAUCACGCCCAUGGUUACCAUGUAUCAUUGGGAUUUACCGCAGCGGCUGCAGGAGCUGGGCGGUUGGACCAAUCCCGAGAUAAUACCAUUGUUUAAGGAUUAUGCACGCUUGGUGCUGGAGAUGUAUGGCGAUCGUGUCAAGCUAUGGACCACAAUCAACGAGCCGUGGCAUGUGUGCGAGCAUGGAUAUGGUGUGGAUUAUAUGGCACCCUCGUAUAACUUCCCAGGCAUCCCGGCCUAUCUGUGCGGCCACAAUCUGCUCAAGGCGCACGCAGAGGUGGUGCACAUGUAUCGGGAACAGUUCCAGCAGCGACAGGGUGGUCGCAUAGGCAUCACAGUGGACACCUCGUGGCCUGAGCCAAAGAAUCCUGAUAGCGCCGAGGAUCGUGAGGCAUCCGAGCGGGCAAUGCAGUUCUAUAUUGGCUGGUUUGCACAUCCCAUCUUCUCGAAGCAUGGCAACUAUCCCAAGGUGAUGAUCGAGCGCAUCAGGAACAUGAGCAAGCAACAGGGCUUUGGAUCGCGUUCUCGCCUGCCUGAGUUCACACCGGAGGAGAUUCAUCGCAUUAAGGGCACCUCAGAUUUCUUUGGCAUCAACUCGUACACCAGCAAUCUGGUGACUCCGAAUGGACACAAUAACACUGGCAAGUUUCCGAUACCGUCGUUCAAUCACGACAUGGGCGUUGUCGAGAGCCAAGCUGACGUCGACUGGCCCGGCUCGGGUUCCGUCUGGCUAAAGGUGUAUCCCAAGGGCAUGUACAAUUUGUUGAUGUGGAUACAUCGUGAGUAUAACGGACCCGAGAUGAUUAUCACGGAGAAUGGUGUUAGUGAUCGUGGCGGUUUGGAGGAUUAUGCCCGUGUGGACUACAUUAAUUUGUACUUGUCCGCCGUGCUGGAUGCAAUAGAGGAUGGCGCCAAUGUGAAGGGCUAUAUUACCUGGAGCUUGAUGGACAGCUACGAGUGGAAGGCUGGCUACACGGAGAAAUUUGGUCUCUACCAUGUGGACUUCAGUUCGCCGGAGCGCACACGUACGCCCAAGAUCUCGGCAAGAGUGUUUGGCAACAUCUGCAAGACGAAUACCAUCGACUGGAGCUUUCGUCCCAAACUGAACGAGGAGCAGCUUGUCGCCUCGGCUCGUCUGCCCGCGGAGGAGGCGGCGGAGAAUGGAGGAGCAAGACUAAAGUGGAGUCUGGCACUCCUACUGAGCGUUGUGCUGGCAUGGAUACAUUGCUAGAGAAUCAUCCCUGCCAUAUACACAGUAAUCGCUCUUUCUACAUAUUGUUGCAAAGUAUUCUUUACUCAUAGUCACUAAGUUUGCCUUAUUGAAUUUAUUGUGUACAUAUUUGCUAAUACGUAUUUAAGAAACAUGAUAAAAUAACAACUCAAAAUGAAUAAAAACAAAUGUUGUGAUAUUUGCGAA